AUGAUACAUACAGUGUACUUUAACUUACAGUGUUACAGUACUAGUACCGCAAAUACUAGUAAUACCACAGCGAUGGGUUAUACAAAAAAUAUACAGCAGUUGGGGAAAGUAAAAAAGAAUGAAGUGCCUUACAGAGAAAUGCGUUUUCGUCACUUUGCCUCAGUAGAGUUUAAUGGAAAUUUGUACAUGACUCCACAGGACUUCCUGGAAUCCUUAACGGAAGAAUCACCCCGAGCUCGCAUUGGGCGGACUCGGCUGUCACAGAGCGAGGUGGACAGUAUGCUGCGAAGUACGCCAUCUUUGUCUCGUGGCAGCGAGAAGUUGUUUAGAAAACUCCAUGACAAAGAACCACACUCUGGCUUUCGCAUUGCCUUCAACAUGUUUGAUUUAGAUGGCAAUCAGAUUGUUGACAAAGAAGAGUUUUUAGUG